AUGGAGAAGCAUAUUGACCUGCAGACGUUCGACCAUGAGAUUCUGCGGCAAAGGGGUAGAGGCUCCAUAUCGGAAGGGAGAGGCCCUAAGUUCGAUCGCGACAAGUAUGAGCUGGCGAGGGUGGGAAAGGAGCAAGUGCUGAAGCGCCGCUUCGGACUGGUGUCUAUGACUGGACUCUCAUGCGGAUUGAUGUGUACUUGGGAGACCUUGCUUGUUGGCGGCCCUGCUGGUCUCAUCUACGGUUUCAUACUUAUAUGGCUGGGUAACUUCUCCGUCUUCGUCUGUAUCGGCGAGCUUGCCAGCGCAGUUCCAACUGCUGGUGGACAAUACCAUUGGGUUUCCUUGUUAGCGCCACGGUCGAACAAGAAGUUCUUCAGCUAUCUGACUGGCUGGCUCACUGUCGUUGGUUGGAUAGCAGCUCUUACUUCCGUGUGUUACUUCGUUGCCGACCUGAUUCUCCAACUGGUCAGUCUGAAUGAUCUUGACAGAACCUAUACUCGAGAAGGAUGGCACGGCACUCUUCUCCUUUGGGCCAUACUACUGUUAUGUGUCUUCAUCAAUGUCUUCAUAAGCGGAGCGCUUCCUACCAUCGAAGUCGUUGUAUUGAUCGUCCACGUUCUUGGCUUCUUUGGCAUUCUGGUGCCAUUGGUAUAUCUGACUCCCAUCCACAACUCUGCUAAGCAGAUUUUCACGACAUUUCACAACGAAGGUGCUUGGAACACACAAACUCUAGCCUUCUUUGUCGGGCUUCAAGGUAAUGCUUUGGCAUUUGUUGGAACGGAUUCAGUUGUUCACAUGUCUGAAGAGGUCAAGAACGCCAGUACCGACGUCCCUCGCUCGAUGCUUCUCAGUCUUGUCAUAAACGGUACAUUAGCACUAGGCAUGCUUUUCGCUGUUCUCUUCAGCGCACACGAUAUCCCAGCGUUGCUUGGCGAUCAAAAUGCCGCGACCGCGCCCUUCCUCCGCAUCUUCAAAGACGCUGUCGGAUCCGAGGCUGGUGCUACUGUCAUGGUUGCCAUAAUCGUUCUUCUCGAAUUUUGUAGCGCAAUGGGAUGUUUAGCCGCUGCAUCUCGUAUGACUUGGUCUUUUGCUCGAGACCGUGGUCUUCCUUUCUCGCGUGCUCUCAGUGUGAUUGACAAGCGCAGCACAAUUCCCAUAGUCUCCAUCCUAGUCGUCACGGUAUCAGCCGCCCUCCUCGCUCUGAUCAAUAUCGGCAAUAGCGCUGCUUUUAACGGGACAAUAUCCCUCGUCUUGGAAGGUUUCUACCUCUCCUACCUUCUCGCAAUCGGUCUUCUCCUCUGGCGCCGGCUCCGUGGGGACCUAGAGAAUCCUGAGUCUUCGCUCACCAUUUUCAAUGAAACUCAAAUCGACGAAGCUUACGAUGGCAGCCUGACCUGGGGUCCUUGGCGUCUAGCAGGGGCGUGGGGUGUGGCCAACAACGUCGUCGCCAUUUGCUAUCUCACCUUGAUCAUCUUCUUCAGUUUCUGGCCAAGCGAGGUCAGUCCCGAUCUUGUGCAUAUGAAUUGGGCAGGUGUCGUGACCGGGUCGGUCGCCUUGUUCAGUGUGACGUACUAUCUUCUCUUCGCAAAGACGUCGUACAUUGGACCAAUUGUGGAAGUGAGUCCACAUGCCUUGUAA